AGAGCUGCCAAGGUAACUGACCGGCUAGGCCAUGGCCUCCCUCGGGAGUGGGAGCUGGAGCGGCGCCCCAUUACAGAGUGCAGCCCCCACGCCCUGGGUGACCAUCUUGCAGCCUUGUCCUUGGACCGUCCCGUCUCCUCUGCCUCAGCCUAGCCGAGUCAAGGAAGACCUGCUGGAGCUCAUGAUGCUGCAGAAUGCCCAGAUGCAGCAGCUGCUGCUGAGUCAGCUGGUGGCCGGAGCCCUGAACCCAGGGCCAGAGUGGUCCAGCCCACAGGUCUACACAGACAGCCAACAGGAACAGGUGGAGGAAGAGAUGGAGACCCAGGAGCAGCAGCCUUUGGUGUUCCACCAUCACUACUUGCCUUGCUCAGGGACCUCCUUGGGCCCCAUGGCACUCUGGCCAGCCUCUUUCCUCCCUGUUCCCCCACACCAGCCUCCCUGGCAGGGUGCCCCGGGGAUCCGGCGCCAGCCCCCUGCCUCCAGGCGAGGGGAGGUGAGAGAUGUGCCCCCACCCCCGCCCCCCAGUGCCACAGGGACUGUUGGUGCGGAUGUACCCCCAGCUUCAGACUACUACGACGCUGAGAGCCUGCCAUGAAGACAGACGUUCACCAGGCCUCACCAGCUCCUGCACAGGGCUGCCAGAACGCUGGAGCGACUCCGUGCCCAUGCCCGAGACCUUCUGACCCACUCUGCCCCAGCCACGCACUCUACCCUGGGGCAUCAGGCUCUCAACUCCACUGCUAUCUGAGCUGGCUCUUCUGCAUCGAAAGCUCCUUAGAGCCCCUCCCUGACCCAGAAGCCACGGAAACCCAAUAGAUCCACUGUUUCCUGUCUGGACCAGAGUCAGGCCCUGAUACCAGAGCCCCAGCUGGCCUUUGCCCUCUCUCCUCUCUGUGGCUGCAUCACCCUUGGGCCUGAAAUAGGGCAAGGGAGAAGAGGGUGGCUUGGGUCUCCAAAUGCCUUAAGGCCCUGGAGGGCAGCUCGGUUGGGGAGAAGGCCAGCUCAGGAGACCCCUGCGGCGGACUCGGCUUCCUCCAGUCCCCUUUCACUGGACUCUGUUGGCAGAAAGGGGAGUCAGAGCUGGGUCCUGAUUCAACCAGGAACGGCCUCAGGUCCCCAGGGCCAUGUGCAAACAAUGUCCUCCUGCUCAGGAGACCUCAGUAGGAAAUUGGUUGCUAAUGGAGUGGGUAGAUGUCUGGGGCCUGGGCUGCAGAGGUUCUGGAAAGCCCUGGGAA